AUGUUAAUUUCUUCGGCGAAACUUCGCGAGCUCUAUCAACGAGCAACGUUUUGCAGCAGCUUCAGCAAAAAGAAAAGCGACAAAUUGGAAAUUAUUUUGCUUAUCCCCUUUAUGAAGGUUGUGGAGGAUAUGGAGGAGGAGCAGAUUGAGGAGGGUAUGGAAGUGGAGGUAAAGGAGGGUAUGGCAGAGAAUCAGGGUGAGGAGGGUAAGGAAGAGGAGGUGGAAGUGGUAUAG